UUGUGUAUGAUGCAAAAGAUACAUUGUCUUAGGGUGACAAUAUGACUAAAAGAGAUUGGUAAUAAUAAAAGACAUGUUGGUAAUAAAUAUGGUUAAAAACAGAUCGGUAAUAAAUAUGGUUAAAAGACAGAUUGGUAAUAAAUAUGGUUAAAAGACAGAUUGGCAAUAAAUAUGGUUAAAGGACAGAUUGGCAAUAAAUAUGGUUAAAAGACAGACCGGUAAUAAAUAUGGUUAAAAAGAGGUUAUAUGAUCAAUAAUAAUUUUGAUAAUCAAUAAAAAGAGAAACAGAUAAAAAAGUAAGUUGUUGAUGCUAUUUAGCAUUAAAUAUGAGGAUAGUGGACAAUUUGUUGAUAGUGGCAGUUGUUGUACUGAUUGAGAUUUCAACAGUGUUUUCAGUCGAGCAGGAUGAUCCUUCGAAGAUAUUUGUGAAUGAGUUAAACAAGCUGUUGAUCAACUCGGAUAGAAUUUUAGACAACUAUUGUUUCGACAGAAGAAUAUGUUGCAAUAAUAGCCAUAUCCUUGAUGUUUUAUUAUAUGGUAUUAAGCUGCUGUCUUUUCCUGUAGACAUCAAAAGAAUUAAUAGUACACUAAGGAGGUUAAUAAUCACAAACGCCGGUCUGAAAGGUGAUAUUCCAAGCGAAAUCUACGAACUGAAAAAAUUGCAAAUUCUGAUAUUAGAAGGAAACAACUUUAGUGGUGGCCUAAGUGAUAAGAUUAAGGAACUGAAUGAAUUACAGACUGUUGACUUAAGCGGUUUAAGUUUAUCUGGUUCGAUACCUGAUGGUCUGUAUUCAUUGACUGAAUUGCAAGUGCUGAAAUUAAGAGGAAACAAAUUUAGUGGUAGUUUAAGUGCUAGCAUUGGAAAGCUGAGUGAGUUACGUUGCCUUGACUUAAGUGGAUCAAGUAUAUCUGGUUCGAUACCUGAUAGCUUGUAUUCGUUGACUAAAUUGAAAGAAUUGAAAUUAAGAGAGAACAAGUUUAGUGGUAGUUUAAAUUCCAACAUUGGGAAGCUGAAUAAAUUACAGAUUCUUGACUUGAGUAUUUUAAAUAUGUCUGGCACGAUACCUGAUAGUCUGUAUUCAUUGACUGAAUUAGAACAGUUGAGAUUAGAAGGGAACAGAUUUAGUGGUAGCUUAAGUGACAAAAUUAUAAAUCUGAAGAAAUUAUUCUAUCUUAACUUAAAUGGCUUAAAUCUGUCUGGUCCAAUACCUGAUAGUCUUUAUUCAUUGACUGAAUUACGACACUUGAUAUUAAAAGGCAACAACUUCAAUGGUAGUUUAAGUGAUAAGAUUAGACAUCUGAAUAAAUUACAUCGUCUUGACUUGAGCAGGUUAAAUCUAUCUGGUGACAUACCUGACGGUCUAUAUUCACUGACUAAAUUGAUAUAUCUGGAUUUGCAAGGGAAUAAACUUAAUGGUAGAUUGAGUGAUAAAAUUAGAUAUCUGAAUAAAUUAAACUAUCUUGACUUAGGUGGGUUAAAUCUAUCUGGCUCGAUACCUGAUAGUCUGUAUUCAUUGACUGAAUUAGAAUAUCUGGAUCUUCAAGGGAACAAUUUUAAUAAUAGUUUAAGUGAUAAGAUUAGACAUCUGAAUAAACUAUACCGUCUUGACUUAAGUGGGUUAAGUCUAUCUGGUGAGAUACCUGAUAGUCUUUAUUCACUGACUAAAUUGCAAUAUCUGAUACUAGAAGGAAAUAACUUUAACGGCAGUUUGAGUAAUAGGAUUAGAAAUCUGAAUAAACUAUAUCGUCUUGACUUAAGUGGGUUAAAUUUAUCUGGCUCGAUACCUGAUGGUCUAUAUUCAUUGACCAAAUUGGAAUAUCUGAUAUUAGAAGGGAACAAAUUUAAUGGUAGAUUGAGUGAUAAAAUUAGAUAUUUGAAUAAACUAUAUAGCCUUGACUUAAGUGGGUUAAAUCUAUCUGGCUCGAUACCUGAUGGUCUAUACUCACUGACUAGAUUGAAAUACCUGAGGUUAAGAUGGAACAAAUUUAAUGGUAGUUUAAGUGAUAAGAUUAUAAAUCUAAAUAAAUUACGGACUCUUGACUUAGGUGGGUUAAAUCUAUCUGGUCCGAUACCUGGUAGCUUGUAUUCACUGACUGAAUUGCAAGAAUUAAUAUUAGAAGGAAACAACUUUAAUGGUACUUUAAGUGAAAAAAUUGUAAAUCUGAAUAGAUUAUAUCGCCUUGACUUAAAUGGGUUAAAUCUAUCUGGUCCGAUACCUGAUAGUCUGUAUUCAUUGACUGAAUUACACUAUUUGAUAUUGGAAGGGAACAAAUUUAAUGGUAGUUUAAAUGCAGACAUUGGGAAGCUGAGUAAAUUAUUGCAUCUAAACUUAAAUGGGUUAAGUUUAUCUGGUUGGAUACCUGAUAGCCUAUAUUCACUGACUAAAUUGAAAUAUUUGAGGUUGGGAGGAAAUAAAUUUAAUGGUGGCUUAAAUGAUAAGAUUGGGAAGCUAAAUAAAUUACUGGAUCUUGACAUAAGUGGAUUAAAUCUAUCUGGUCCGAUACCUGAUAGUCUGUAUUUACUGACUGAAUUGAAGCAACUGGUAUUAAGAGAGAGUAAUUUUAAUGGUAGCUUAAGUAAUGAUAUUAGAAACUUGAAUAAAUUAUCGAGUCUUGACUUAAGUAAUUCAAGUCUAUCUGGUUCGAUACCUGAUGGUCUAUAUUCGCUGGACAAAUUACAACACUUGAAUCUGCAAGGGAAUAAUUUUAGUGGUAGUUUAAGUGCUGAUAUUAGGAAUUUAAGUGAAUUAUAUUAUCUUGAUUUAAGUGGGUCAAGUCUGUCUGGUGAGAUACCUGAUAGUCUUUAUUCACUGACUAAAUUGAAACACCUGUUAUUGAGAGGGAAUAAAUUUAAUGGUAGUUUAAAUGAUAAGAUCAGAAAUUUGAAUCAAUUAUUGAGCCUUGACUUAAGUGGCUCACAUCUGUCUGGUAAAAUACCUGAUAGUCUAUAUUUGCUGACCAAAUUGAUAUAUCUAAAUCUUCAAGGGUGUAAUUUUAAUGGCAGUUUAAAUGCUGACAUUAGGAAACUGAGUAAAUUAUCAUAUCUUGACUUAAGCAACUCAAGUCUAUCUGGUGAGAUACCUGAUAGUCUAUAUUCGCUGACCAAAUUGAUAUAUCUGAAUCUGCAAGGUAAUAAAUUUAAUGGUAGUUUAAGCGCUGAUAUCAGGAAGUUGAAUAGAUUAAAAAACCUUGACUUAAGUGAAUUAAAUCUAUCUGGCUCUAUACCUGAUAGUCUAUAUUCAAUGAUCGAAUUGCAAUAUCUGAACCUUACGAAGAACAGUAUUGAUGGUCGUCUGUCGUCUAAUAUUGGUAAUCUGGUUAAUCUAGUUGAGUUAAGUCUAUGUUUCAAUAGAUUGAGCGGGACUAUACCGAAUGAAAUUGGUAAUUUAAUUAAUCUAGAAACUUUACAAAUGAGAGAGAAUGAGUUUGAAGGUGAUAUUCCUAAUCUGAGUCGUCUGACAAAUUUGAUAAAUAUGAACAUUAGCUCAACAAAACGUUAUCUGAAUGCGAAAUGUGAUGAUAAGGUGUUACCUCCGUCUGUUAGUAAGAACAAAUGCUUGAUUAGACCUGUGAGUAGAUUGUGCAGUAAUAUUACGCACUGUGAAUAUAGCAAUAAACCUAUAUCUAAAUCAUCAGUUGGUUCAAUGUUCUACACAUCUGGAUUGAAGAUAGUUGUUGUGAUGGUUGUGUAUAGAACUGGAACAGAAAUGCUGUCAAAUUAGAACUUGGGAUUAUGAUAUAUAGUAAGAAUAAAAUGAUGAUAAUUUGGGUUGAA